UUAGUGGGUGGGACUCGGCAUAGAGGCAGUUUUCCACCAGCAGGUUUCAAUGCAGAGUUCCCCUACACUUUCCCCGCGCUAGAGCAGCCCUCGGCAGGGAGAGCGGCCCGGGGACAAGGACACCUGUGGGGAGGGAGCGCCGCGAGCAGCAGGGGGGGCUCGGGCCCUGCCCUGACCUCACCAUGGUGCGUUUUGGCCGCUACUUUCUUUUUUAGUCUUUGAGUGCAGAGAAGGGGAAGAGGCGGGGAGAGGUCUGGAAAGCCGAAUGCUGUGGGCACAAGAACUGCAAGGCAUCCUUUGGGGGUGACCGAAGAGAGAGAUACCGAGAGACCCCGGGAGAGACAAAGGCGAGGACUGAUUGUCCGCGAGCAGCGCUGGCAAUCGCGUUUGCGAGGCACGUCGCGUCCCGCCCAGCCUGUUGAGCAGUGCGGAUCUGCGAGGCGCGCCCUGGAGCUGCAGGAGACCCAGAAACGUUGCCCCGAGGUGUGGGAAGCCACCAAACAUCCCAGUUACCAGGGCCCUUGAAUUGAUAGUGGCUUCUUCAAAGAAUUUCGAUUCCACAUAAGAACAACAGCUCAUCAGGAGGAGAUCAGAGCAGCGUGAGCAUCAGCGACACCAUGUUCUGCACGAAGCUCAAGGAUCUCAAGAUCACAGGGGAGUGUCCUUUCUCCUUACUGGCACCAGGUCAGGUUCCUAAAGAGUCAGCAGAGGAGGUAGCAGAAAGCUCAGAGAGCUGCAAAGCAAGUCUGCCCAUCUGUCAAGACAUUCCUGAGAAGAAUGUGCAAGAAAGUCUUCCUCAAAGAAAGACCAGUCGGAGUCGAGUCUAUCUUCACACGUUGGCAGAGAGUAUUUGCAAACUGAUUUUCCCAGAGUUUGAACGGCUGAACCUCGCACUUCAGAGAACAUUGGCAAAGCAUAAAAUAAAAGAAAGCAGGAAAUCUUUGGAAAGAGAAGACUUUGAAAAAAUAAUUGCAGACCAAGCAAUUGCAGCAGGAAUUCCAGUGGAGAUCAUCAAAGAAUCCCUCGGCGAAGAGCUUUUUAAAAUAUGUUAUGAGGAAGAUGAGCACCUCCUUGGCGUGGUAGGAGGCACCCUUAAAGAUUUUUUAAACAGCUUCAGCACCCUUCUGAAACAGAGCAGCCAUUGCCAAGAAGCAGGAAAGAGGGGCAGGCUGGAGGACGCCUCCAUUCUGUGCCUGGAUAAAGAUCAGGAUUUCCUAAAUGUUUAUUAUUUCUUCCCUAAGAGAACCACCUCCCUGAUUCUUCCUGGCAUCAUUAAGGCAGCUGCUCGUGUAUUGUACAAAACAGAAGUAAAAGUGUCGUUAAUGCCUCCCUGCUUCCACAAUGAUUGCGGCGAGUUUGUUAAUCAGCCCUACUUGUUAUACUCCGUUCACGUGAAAAGCACCAAACCGUCCCUGUCCCCCAGCAAGCCCCAGUCCUCGCUGGUGAUCCCUGCGUCUCUCUUCUGUAAGACGUUUCCAUUCCAUUUCAUGUUCGACAAAGACAUGACGAUUCUGCAGUUUGGCAAUGGCAUUAGAAGACUGAUGAGCAGAAGAGACUUUCAAGGAAAGCCUAGUUUUGAAGAAUACUUUGAAAUUCUGACUCCAAAAAUCAACCAGACGUUUAGCGGGAUCAUGACCAUGUUGAAUAUGCAGUUUGUUGUGCGCGUGAGGAGAUGGGACAACUCUGUGAAGAAAUCUUCAAGGGUCAUGGAGCUCAAAGGCCAAAUGAUCUACAUUGUGGAGUCCAGCGCGAUCUUGUUCUUGGGCUCCCCCUGUGUAGACAGAUUAGAAGAUUUUACAGGACGAGGGCUCUACCUAUCAGACAUCCCAAUUCACAACGCACUGAGGGAUGUGGUCUUGAUAGGGGAACAAGCCCGAGCUCAAGAUGGUCUGAAGAAGAGGCUGGGGAAGCUGAAGGCCACCCUGGAGCAAGCCCACCAAGCCCUGGAGGAGGAGAAGAAAAAGACAGUAGAUCUCCUAUGCUCUAUAUUUCCCUGCGAGGUCGCUCAGCAGCUGUGGCAAGGACAAGUUGUGCAAGCCAAGAAGUUCAGUAAUGUCACCAUGCUCUUCUCGGACAUUGUGGGGUUCACUGCUAUCUGCUCCCAGUGCUCACCGCUGCAGGUCAUCACCAUGCUCAAUGCGCUCUACACUCGCUUUGACCAGCAGUGCGGAGAGCUGGAUGUCUACAAGGUGGAGACCAUUGGCGAUGCAUAUUGUGUAGCUGGGGGAUUACACAAAGAGAGUGACACCCAUGCUGUUCAGAUAGCACUGAUGGCCCUGAAAAUGAUGGAGCUCUCUGAUGAAGUCAUGUCUCCCCAUGGAGAACCUAUCAAGAUGCGAAUUGGACUGCAUUCUGGGUCAGUUUUUGCUGGAGUUGUUGGAGUUAAAAUGCCACGUUACUGUCUUUUUGGAAACAAUGUCACUCUGGCUAACAAGUUUGAGUCCUGCAGUGUACCACGGAAAAUCAAUGUCAGUCCAACAACUUACAGAUUACUCAAAGACUGUCCUGGCUUUGUGUUUACCCCUCGAUCAAGGGAAGAACUUCCACCAAACUUCCCCAGUGAAAUUCCUGGAAUCUGUCAUUUUCUAGAUGCUUAUCAACAAGGAACAAAUUCAAAACCAUGGUUCCAAAAAAGAGAUGUUGAAGAUGGCAAUGCCAAUUUUUUAGGCAAAGCAUCAGGAAUAGAUUAGCGAACUGUAUACCUGUUCAUUAGUCUUUGGGGUUUGACUCCUUUGAGGAUGUGUAGAACCUCUGAAAGCACUUUAGGACUGCAGAUGGCUAAGGAGCAGUAUUAAAAUUUCAGGAGCUAAGUCACAAUCUACUCAUUCUCCCAUUUAACAUGACAAAAAUGUAUUCAAUUCAAUACUCUUCUGUUCAAAUACUCUUUAAUACACUUCCAUUUUUUUUUUUAAAGAAACCUCAAAAGGUAACAUUUUGGGGGAUAUUUCUGUUAUAUAACAAUCACUUACAACCCAUACUCAAAGUUCAGCACAUUGUACAUAUAUCAGAUAAUUGUAGUCAACUGUACAAAGUGAUGGAGUCACCUGCAAUCUUGUGCCCUGGUGGAAUGCCAUGGUUAUUAAAGUGUGUUUGUGAUAGUGUGGCCUUAAAAAAGCUUUUUGAAUAGAAAUUACAUUCUUUGAUAUCAUAAAUUCUUUUAACCUUUCAACUCUGCAUUUUAUUACAUGUUCUCAUUUAACUGUUUAGCUUAUAUAGGAAAACAGGCUGAGACUUUUUUUCUCUGUUGCACUUUCUUCCAUUUUAGAAAAUAAGCAAUUAGGGGUUAGAUGCAAUAUGAAUAUAAAAUAGUUCUUCUGUAAAUACCAAAGAUUAUUUUUAGUUCUUGAAGUUAAAAAUAUUCUCCGUAACACCAUGUGUCGUAACAAUAAAUAUUUCUUUUUGUUUGA